AUGUCCUUCCGCUUGCUGGAAAAUGGGAAACGAUGGUUGAGCCUCUCGACGACUGUGAAACGAUACGCCUCCACGACACCGAGAGACGCAGUUUUCUCGAAUCCGGGGGCAGCAGACUUUCUAGCGGCCGCAGCAUCGCCGUCCUCUAUUCCUGCACUUCAUGGCUUGCCAGAGCGGCUCGACCACCCAACUAUCCGUGUGUUUAACCUCUAUGAUGCAGGGCGCGCCAACGCCGGCAAAUCCACUCUGCUGAACGCCAUCGUCGGCCGGCGAGACCUCAUGCUGUCUAGCAAAACGCCCGGCCGCACCAAAGGCCUCAACUUCUUCCGCGUGGGGGCCGCGCCCGGCAAGAUGGUCCUGGUCGACGCGCCGGGGUACGGCGCGCGCGGCCGCCCAGAAUGGGGCAGCCUCUUCGACCACUACCUCGCCACGCGCAAAGAGUUGAAGCGCGUCUACAUUCUGUUCAACGCGAAGCACGGCCUCAACAGCGCCGAUAGGCUGAUGCUGCAGAGCCUCGAUGCGCGCUUCCAGGCCUCGGGUGGGGCGGGCUGGACGCUCCAGUCGGUCCUCACGAAGGCGGACACGAUGGAGGGGACGGGUGCGUUAUCGGCGCUUCAGAAAGAGAUCUUCGAACUCGCGCCAACGUGCUUGCCCCCCGUCGUCACCUCCGCGCUGAAGCACCCGCGAUUGGGCAUCGAAGAGCUAAGGCGAUCGAUCGCCGAGGCGUGUGCGCUCAAAAGCUGA